CAAUUUUCUACCAGAAAAACCUGUCAAUUCUCUCUUCCGAUUUGCGUUUAUUUCAAGAAAGGAGGGAGAGAAAAAUUCAAUCCAUUCCCACGUUUCACACAUAGUCAGAAUUAUAUAUUUGUGUAUAUAUAGUGAGAGAAUUGGUAAACAAAAUAUUUUUCAAACACAAUAAACUCUUCCAUUUUUCCAUAGUAGUCUUGUACAUACAAUGAGCCAUGGAAUUUAUUUCUCUCUGACAUUUUCAAUAAAUAACCUUUCGGGUUUUUAUGGGUUCAUAUUAUUUUGCCUUCGAAAGUCUUUAGAUUCUUAGGUUUCAAAUGAUAGCAGAAGGUUUUGAAGUUAUUUAUAUGGUGUUUUUCUGUUUUCUUGCAGUGUUUCGGAAUAGGAGUUUUGGAUUGAUUGAUUGAGGAUUUUACUUUAAUUAUUGGGUGUAGUUUCUUUACAAGUUCUUGAUUGAUUGAUCAAUUGUUUUCACGUAAAAGGGUUGUUCUGAUUUCCCCCCCUCUAAUCGUAGUAUUGAAAUUCUUUAAAAUUAAUUAUUUGAUUUGUUAAAGCUGUGAAGUGUUAAAGAGGUUUAUGGUGCUUGAGUUUAAUUCUCAAUAGAAGGGGGGGAAAAGCAGCAAUAGAUGGGAAACAAUUGCAUUAGUGAAAGGAUUUCUGAGGAUGGGUUUUUCCAUUCGAUUUAUCAUUCACUGCGGUGGCCUGAUGUGAUUACAUAUAACAACAAAGAAACAAGUCAGGUUGGAUCAAAUGUUGCGAAAGAGCUAGAAGCUCGGAAUCCUCUUCAGAAUAAGCCCCCGGAAUUGGUGAAGGUAGACAAGGAUGAGUAUAAUGUAGUACAGCCCGUGAAAUCUGAAACGAUGAUCAUAGUUACAGAAGAGGGAAAACAAACUGAUGCUAGAAGAUGGGAAGAGGUGAUCAAGAUCACGAAUAAGGAUGGAAGUAUUGUUCAAACCACUACACCGGACCACUUGAUCAUGAUCAUGAAGGAGAAGGCAAAACCAGUGCAACCCACAAAACCCAAGCAACCUCACAAUGUAAAGAGAUUGGCAAGUGCUGGUCUUCAGGUGGCUUCAGUGCUAAGAACCAAAACAGGACAUUUGAAAGAGUAUUAUAAUUUGGGGCACAAACUUGGACACGGACAGUAUGGAACGACUUUUCUUUGCGUGGAGAAAGAAACGCAAAAUGAGUACGCAUGUAAAUCCAUCGCAAAGAGGAAAUUAUUAACUAUGGAUGAUGUUGAGGAUGUGAGGAGAGAAAUUGAGAUCAUGUAUCAUUUAUCCGGGCAUCCUAAUAUCAUUUCUAUUAAAGGGGCUUAUGAGGAUUCUGUGGCAGUUCAUGUUGUCAUGGAAUUGUGUACAGGAGGCGAAUUGUUUGAUAGAAUUGUUAAGCAGGGGCAUUAUUCAGAGAAAAAGGCAGCUGAGCUUACAAGGACAAUAGUUGGUGUAAUAGAAUCGUGCCAUUCUUUGGGGGUCAUGCACGGAGACCUCAAACCCGAGAACUUUCUCUUUGUGAACGAGGAUGAUGAUUCGCCCUUAAAGACUAUAGAUUUUGGAUUAUCCAUGUUCUUCGAACCAGGGCAAAUUUUCACUGAUGUGAUUGGGAGCCCUUAUUAUGUUGCUCCGGAAGUGCUUCGCAAGCGUUAUGGACCAGAGGCAGAUGUAUGGAGUGCAGGUGUGAUUAUUUAUACGCUUCUUUGUGGCGUGCCUCCAUUUUGGGGUGAAAGUGAGCAAGAAAUAUUUGAAGAGGUUCUGUAUGGUGAUCUUGACUUCUCAUCAGAUCCUUGGCCCAAAAUAUCAGAAAGUGCUAAAGACUUGGUGAAGAAAAUGCUUGUAAGAGAUCCAAGAAAGAGGCUAACUGCUCAUGAAAUUCUUUGCCACCCAUGGGUGCAGGUCAAUGGAUUAGCUCCCAACAAGCCUCUUGAUUCUGCAGUUUUAAGUCGCUUGAAACAGUUUUCGGCCAUGAACAAGCUUAAGAAAAUGGCUCUUAGGGUCAUUGCAGAAAAUCUCUCCCAAGAAGAAAUUGCAGGGUUAAAAGAAUUGUUCAAAAUAUUAGACACGGACAACAGUGGUCAUAUCACUUUUGAAGAACUCAAGGCCGGUCUAGAACGAUUUGGAGCUAAUCUUGAUGAGUCUGAGAUAUAUGAUUUGCUGAAGGCCGCUGAUGUUGAUAAUAGUGGUACGAUUGACUAUGGUGAGUUCAUUGCUGCAACGUUGCAUCUGAACAAAAUUGAGAAGGAAGAUAAUUUAUUCAUAGCUUUUUCAUACUUCGACAAAGAUAGAAGUGGUUAUAUUACACGAGAUGAACUUCAAAAGGCUUGUGUAGAGUUCGGGGUGGAGGAUGAUCACUUGGAAGAAAUGAUUCAAGAGGUUGAUCAAAACAAUGAUGGAAGGAUAGAUUACAAUGAAUUUGUGGACAUGAUGCAUAAAGGGAAUACAGAUUUGGGUAAGAAAAAUUUACAGAAUAAUAAUAUCAAUAUUGGAUUUAGGGAGGCAAUGCCAGUCUAUUGACAUCAAAUAAAAAGGAAUUUUUUUUUUCUUUCUAUUUUUUUAUUAUGUAUACAAAUCCAUUAGGUUAGCAUCAAGAAAUAAUAAACUAGGAUUAUAUUCACGAACA